AGAAAAAAAAGAAAAGUAGAGCGAAGCCGGAAGUGAGCGCAGAUGGCUCUCUUACGUCUCUUUCCUCUCUGGCGGGGAUGCUAGUGAGACAGAGAGCUGCCGCCAGGCUGCCAUACCUGGGAUGGAUUUAGAAGAAGCUUUUCAAGUUGUCGGCGAGUUUGGACCCUACCAGAAGCGGGCCGUGGCUGUCCUUGUUCUGACACAGGUGUACAUGGCCUGUCAGUCAAUGCUGAUCGUUCUGGUUGGAUCUACGCCCGAGUACCGCAUCGAUCAGCAGGACGGCGUCCCUUCCAGCCAGCAGGAGCUCAUCCAGCGCGUCACCUUUACCGAGGACAUCGACUCCAUCGUGACCGAGUGGUUCCUCAUCAAGCAUCAGGCCUAUAAGGUCAGUCUAGCCGGGUCGCUGUUCUUCGCCGGGCUUCUGAUCGGGAACGUCGUCUUUGGGCCGCUCUCCGAUAGGAUCGGAAGGAGACCCGUUUACUUGACAGGUCUGUUUUUUGAGGUGAUUUUCGGUUAUUUGACCGCGGUGGCGCCCAGCUAUGAGGUCUUCGCCGUGUCUCGUCUCCUGGUCGGCCUGAUGAACGGCGGCAUCGGCCUCGUCUGCUUCGUUCUCACUCAGGAGUACGUGGGCAAGUCCUACUGGGCCAUGACCGGGACGUUGACCAGCAUGAGUUUUGCGAUCGGCAUCGCCCUGUUUGGAGCUCUGGGAUACUUCAUCCGGCCGUGGAGGAACCUGGCAACCGUGGCUAACUCGUCCGGUGUCCUGUUCUUCCUGAUGUCUGUAAGUCUUCCAGAGUCUCCUCGCUGGCUGUAUUCUCAGGGUCAGACGGAGCGAGCCGAAGAGGUUCUGCGCUACAUGGCGCUGAGGAACGGUAGAGCUGCCAACAACCUGAUGUUGCAACGCGUGGGUUCUGCUAAAGGCGGGAGCCGUAACAACCGAGCGGGCGUCCUGCAGCUGGUGAUCCAUCCGGUCCUCCGUCUGAGGACCAUGGUGCUCAUGUAUGUCUGGUAUGCAUGCAGUCUGGUGUACUACGGUCUGACUCUGGGGGCCAGUGAGACGUCCGGUAGCCGUUAUCUUAACGUAGCAAUGUACGGCCUGGUGGAGCUGCCCGCCUACCCGCUCUGCAUGUACUUCAUCAACAAAGACUGGGCUGGCAGGAGGAAAAGCAUGGCCAGUUUCCUGUGUCUGGCUGGCUCCGCCUGCCUCUGCACCAUGUUCAUCCCCGAAAACUCAGGCACCGUGCUGAGCGUGACGUCGUUUGCACUAGUGGGCAAACUGAUGGUCAGUGCAGCGUUCAACAUCGCCUACGUCUACACCUCUGAACUCUACCCAACAGUUGUCAGGAACGCGGGACUGGGAGUUUGUUCCAUGUCGUGCAGAGUCGGAGGAAUCCUGGCACCGUUUGUUCCUUCCAUGCGGGCGGUCCACACCUCCAUGCCCUUCACGGUGUUCUGUCUGAGCGGUCUGUCCGCGGGCUGCCUGGGCCUCCUGCUGCCUGAAACUCUCAACGGACCUUCAGCAGAGACUCUGGAGGAGCUGAGCAGCCACAGCCGCGUGCUGGAGAGCAAGGCUCUUUUGUAUGAAGAUAACAAAAAGAAAUCAAACCAGAAAUGAAGACAGAGGCUUCCGGUCUAUAUCUCCAGAGCAGCGUCCUCAUUCCUUAUGGAACUGCUGCCUCGAAACACGGUGAGCGAUGAGCUGUCCCUCUUUAAAUGAACUUGAAGGACCGAUCACCGUGUUUACGUCUGUGAACUAUGACAAACGGGGCGGGGACGUAGAUGCCGACCAACACUCAGGAAGAGGACGCCAUCGACCGACUCGACUGACCUUUCGUAUGUCAUUUUCCAGGAAAGCCACACAGCCGACCCCCUGCCUUUUUAUUUAAUUUUCCUGAAUAUUGUCGUGGUGUCUGUGCCUUAUUUGGAGGUAAAACGGCGGAGAGAGAGACUGAUAUGUGACUUAGACGUAUACAUAUACAUACAACACAUUCCAGAGAUGUCGG